AUGUCCAUGGUGGACUCCUACCCCGACCUACGGGAUCAAUUGUAUGACAUUUUGCCCUCGACAAUUCUCACAGAUCGCCAAUACGGCAAGGAAAUGCGUGUUCGGCUUCGCUCUUCUGACAAAAUGAAAGAAUACAGGAAAGUAAGAGAUGAGGUCUCGGAAGCCUAUGCGAAGACAAGGUAUCCUGAAGACACUUUAAAACUAGACGAUCUAGCAAGGGAGUUUCAAUCGAAACUGUCUCUCGGCCCCUACAAUCCUAAUCGGUCCCGCAUGAUAUCUGGGAAGUCUUGGCUAGAAGAUUACUUGCUACAACUGAAGCUUCGCCAGUCCGCUUUCAAUGAAAUUCGAAGGGUGCAGAAAGCAUGGGACUCCUUGCAAAUUUCGACAGACUUGAGCCAAGCUGAAAAGGAAGUCAAAACUGAGGUGUCUGAUUUACUCACAAGGGCUAGUACUCCCGAAUUUCCCCACAAGUUCCAGCCGAAAUACGACCGAAUGACGUUGGGAGUGAUUUCUCACUUGCGCAAAUGGCCACUCAAAUUGGUUGAUCGCCCCCACCUUCAAUUUCCAGAUGUGCCCACAUUGGAUCGAUUUAAGGAUUCAAUUGACUGGGACAAAUUUGCUCUAGCCCGCGCGGUUCAAUUGAAUAAACAACCGGCCCCAGAGAAAAUUGGGGAUGAUGAUGUUUUGACGGUGGAAGAAGUCAUCCAAAAGUUGCGCCCGGAUUUCGACUUGGAGACAGAAAUGCAUCAUUACGCAAUGAUAAAAAUCUUCGAACGUCUCUUGACAGCUGUGCGCAGGGAAGCGACUAACCUUCUCCACAAACAAUUUAGACGGCAUCGCGCCACGCUGCUAGACUUAUCACAGAUGCAUUCUUGGUUAGACCUAAGUUUUUCAAGUGACACCAAACAAGAUAUUGCGUGGGUCGAAAAGAUUUUUAGUCAUGUUUACGACACAACUCCCACAAAAUUGAUUGAACAACUGAUGGGCGCGCCCGAGGAUCAAAUCGAAAUACGCGCAGCCCUUGACCGGAACGCUGAAUCACUUAUCUCCCUGUCCGAGAUCGACAAAAAGGCGCUCCGAGAUUCUUCAUCCGAUCGUCAAACCUUCCUAAAAACACUUGGUGAGAUCCAGCAGCACGUGACCCUCGAAGAUUACAUCGCACUAGGGACUAUCAGACAGGAAAUCGUCGCCGCAAAGACACCUGUUAACUACGCAUUUGUCGACAAAAUAUUCGACAACGGGAUGAUUGAUUCUGAGACCCAAUCAAAACUGAAAUCCGCGUCCCGAGAAAACUUCCUCAGAACCAAGUUCCUUGCGGUUCUGAUGUCUAGGUUCAAGGAGAAAGUAGUUGAAAAAUUGGAAAAAGCACGUCUUCAACCUGCAGGUGCCGGAGAUUUAAUUUUGGAUGCAACCGCUAUUCUGCUUGCCGAGAUAAGUGUCGAUCAGCUUGACAGGAAGGCCAAGAAUUUCUAUCUCACUCCGGAAGCGUUUCUGAACUCCGAAUACGGAUUUGAGGAAGCUUUGAGUUUCUAUGAUCCGGGCGGUCUGCAAAGUUUCAAUAAUAUUUACAUAGCUAAAAAGACGGUAUUUCAAGCCUACGCUGAUGGCUGUAUCGGCCUGCACCCCGCACUUCGACGUCCAAGCCAUUUUGACCACAGCUCAAAGAUUAAUGAACUACUAUCUCAAAUUAAAAUACCACAAUUUGGAAGCAGAUCGAGCACUCUGCUCGACAUGGGCUUUGGUUAUUUACCUGCCUAUCCCAAAGGAUCACCAAACGAACUAUUAGCCAAAAGAUUAAAAGAUUUUGACGAAAGGCUGUCAGCGAUCUACCUGCAACCUUUAGCAGUGCGUGAUUGGCGUUUGAUAGACACCCCAUUUGAAAGAUUAACUGAGGAUUCAGUAGCAAACCUGAAUGAAGUGACCAAAAAAAUUUACACUAUUCGCCAAAGACUGCCUGAACUGGAAGAGGCACUAGCGAAAUUGACUGAAGACAUAGAGCAAUACGAAGAAACAACUCUCUCCAGGAGGCUUGAAGGAGUGAAAAACACAAUGGGAUCCGUUUUGAAGGCCUUGAAGCGACACGAGGAGACCUUCAUGCCCUUACACACGGAAACCCAUGUAGAAUGA